CCUUUUAAAUGUGAUCAGGCAUUUUCAGAGCUUCAGGACAUGUGACGACAUGUUGACUUCAAACCUGGAGCCACAUGUUCUGUUCAUUAGAUCAAAAAAACCUUGUGCUUCAUUGCUCAGGUCUGGUUGUGGUUCAAGUGUUUAUAUCAGCAUCUGUCUGUGGCUGCUCUAACUUCUUGCUUCAGCAUCAGGCAACAACAACAUCCAAAACAACUUAAUACACAAACAAUGCAGAACUUUUUUCCUAAUUACUUUCAAAAGAGAAAUAGUUUGGAGUUAGUCAAGAACCCCAACAGAAAAUAACUGCUUGAAUUAGAUUUAUUUAUUAGAUUAUUAGAUUUAUUUGCUGGUUAUUCUUUGCAUUGUUACAGUUACUGUACAGUUAAUUUCGCCACCGUCCAGGUAUGAAGAUUCCAGAUUUCACCACCAGUCCGUCACACACACGGACACGUUUUCAGCCUCAGUUUGGUUGUUGAAUUUUUGUUCUUUUGGGUUGUUUUCAUUUCUGUGACUUUUUGGACAGAGGCGCCCACACAGGCCCAGUUUCAAACGACACUGAAUAAAAGCACCAAACUGCGCAGCACGACAUUUAUUUUGAAGACCCUGGCGGAAACCUUUUGUGUGUUGUCUGACUUGACGCAGCGCAGCUGCCGAGGAGCUGCUGACGCAAGCCCGAAACUGUCGCUAGAGACCAGGCUGCCGGAGCCGCCUCGCGCCGCGGCUGCUUUGUUCAACCAGUCAAGAGAGACGGACACAGCGGAGCCGGUUCCUCCGUCUGCAUGUGAGGAGAACCGUCCAAGCCGACGACCGGAGGCUGUUCCUCCGCGAGAAGCCGAGCAGGAGGCGACGGUUCGGCAGCACCGAUGUGAUUUCAGCAGAAAAGUGAAGCACUUGAAUUGUAAACCACCGCCUGGCCCCGGAGAGCGUAAACCCAGAGCCAGAGGAGCCACUCUGUCUAACAUACGUAGAGAAGCUGCAGCAUCAUCUACAAGACAAUCAACCUGUUCAUAAGGAUUAAGCUGGUCUUCAGUUGCUCCAUGUGUCAUUGCUCCUUGUAGCAGCGCUACAGCAAAACUGUUUCCUUCGUUUCUGCUGUGGAGCCAUUAUGUCGGCAGCUCGGACCCAAAAGGAGAACAACGAUGCGGCCUGGGGCUGUCUAGGUCUCAGUCAGAAGGAGCUGGUCCUGGCUGAGGCCCUGCAGAUGGAGUAUGAUGCCCUUUCUAGAUUAAAGCAGGACAAGAAUUGUCCUGGAACCGGCCAGACUGAAUCUAGUGCUUCUAUCCAGACCAGGUCCAAAACUCCAAAUCCCUCUGUCGAGCAUCCAAGACCAGCCCCCAGUCAACCCAUUCCUGGCCCCACAGUAGGAAGGCUUCUGACAGGACUCUCUGGAUCCAACCCCUCUCUGAACCAACCUGGAGGUUCUCAGUCACCACCUUGCAUCCCAGCCAGGGUGCUCCCCCCUCAGGAAGGCUACACCAAAGAGUCCCUGUAUAUCCUGGACAGUACAGAGGUCAGAAGGUUUGGUAAAGGUGUAGAUUUCAGCCAUGGAGACUCUUUUGGAUGUGGGCCAGAAAGUUUUCCCAAAGGUUUUCACUCGUUUCCAGACGAUGAACCCCCUGCCAUCCCCCCACGACACCCCAUUCCCCAGUCACUGGCGUCAGAGAACCCUUUCCUAUCUGCCCCAGGGUCCACCGCACCCCGCAACUUGAACCUGUUCAAUCCUGAUGUGGAUCAGCCUAAAGUGACCUCAGAAGAACUCAACUAUGACAACAUUAACGAGUCUUUGUCCAGACUCAACGGGACCCGCCAGGCUUCUCAUGGUCGUAGUGCCAGUGUGGACCAACCAGGGAAACCCGUGGCUCGAAGUAAGACGCUCCCCCCUCAGGUUCCCCCCAGGACAUACAUGCCUGUGCCCAAGAGCAACAAGAACCAGCGACGGGUGUCUGCAGACCCGGUUUCGCUGGGCUCCAGGAUGAAUGGAUUUGGAUACGAGCUGUUCCAGGUGUCGGAGGAGAGAGACGAGGAGGUGGCGGCGUUCUGCCACAUGUUGGAUGUCUUGCGUUCGGCUUGCCCUCACAGUGAUCGCUCAAAGAACGCUGGCUUCAUUUGGUCUCCAUCAGUUUGUCACGAGGAGCUCCAUCAGGGUCUGGGGGUCAGCGUGAAGAUCACAAUCAUGAGUCAACACUUCAGAGAGCCGCUCACCUUCACCUGUGAUGGUUCGUCCACUGUGGACCUGCUGAUCUACCAGACUCUGUGCUACGCUCAGGAAGAUCUGGAUCACCUGGAUGUGGAUGAUUACCUGCUUAAGGUGUGCGGACAGGACGAGUUCCUCAACAACUCUCAGUCUCUGGCCAGUCUGGAAUUCGUUCAGCAGUGUCUGAAGUUUGACUGGGACGUUCGACUGAUCCUGAUCAGGAGGUCUGCCAUCAGCACCGAGCUGGCUCGCACGAACGAGGACGAUGAGAUGGCGUCCACCAUGAACCACAGCAUCCUGCUGCAGGAGCGACCAAUCAGACAGACGGUGACACGGGAGGCUCUGACUCUGCUGUUGGACACAUUUCAUAAUGAAGCAGAGUCCUUCCUGCUGUCAGAGGUGGAGUUGUCGCUGCAUGUGGAACGUCUCGUUCAAUCGGUGAAGGCGCUCUGCAGCUCGUUAGCAGCUGUGGAGACUCCAGACGUCACAGCUGCCCUCAACCAGCUGCCAGCAUGCCCCUGUCGCCUGCAGCCCAAAGUCCUGAAGGAUGCAUCAGUGCUGGCCAGCAGAGAGAACAGAGAGAAAGUUGUGGAGAAGUUGACAGCAGCCAUCUUGGAUCUAGUGGAGCUGUACUGUAGCACAUUUAAUGCCAACUUCCACACCAUACCGCAGAGCCACUGCUGCACGGCACCGGUCCAGGAAGCCGGCCUCGUCACCAAUGUGCUUUCUUUCAGUGUGUACGCCGCCCACCGCAUCCCAAUCACCUGGGCCGCAAGUUAUGAGGGUUUCUUCCUGUCCUGCUCACUGACCCAUGGGGGGGCAGAGCUCUGUGCCCCACAGCACACCAGCAAACAGUCUGUCAGCAAAUACCUGUUCCACCUGGUGGUGUGGGACCAAAGGGUGUGUUUCCCUGUCAAGAUUAACCAGCUGCCCAGAGAGUCUCAGCUGACGGUGACGCUGUACGCCAGCUGUCUGCCACCGCCUGGAGGAGCUGAGGACAAGGGGAAGCAGCGGCGCAGCAUCGAGGCUCUGGGCUGGGUCACCAUGCCACUCUUCAAUUUCAGGCACAUCCUGACAUGUGGCAGGAAGUUACUUGGUUUGUGGCCUUCAACCCCAGGGAGGAAUGGAAACGCCAGGACAAGUUCACCCAACUUCAGCCAACCAGACAGUGUCAUACUGCAGGUGGACUUUCCCACCUCAUCAUUUGAGGUUCAGUUUAGUACUCCUCCUCCAGCAGAGUUCUGUCCUCAGUAUGACUUCUCCAGACUGGACACCAUCAGUCAGAUUCAGCUCCAGGACGUCCUCCACAAGAAGGCUUUCUUCUGGUUGACAUUGGAGGACAAGCGCCUCCUCUGGGAGAAAAGGGCCUUCUGUCAGUCAGAGAGCGCAGCCCUGCCUCUGGUUCUAGCCAGCGCCCCCUGCUGGGAGUGGGCCUGCCUGCCUGAGAUCUACGCCCGGCUCCGACAGUGGGCCUGCCUUGGUCACCUGGAUGCCCUGGGACUUCUUCACGCCUCGUUCCCAGACCAGGAACUGAGGAGGACAGCAGUGCAGUGGAUGGACUCGAUCUCAGACCCUGAGCUGCUGGACGUCUUCCCGCAGCUCGUGCAGGCUUUGAAGUACGAGUGUUACCUGGACAGCUCUCUAGUCCGCUUCCUCCUGCGCAGAGCCAUUGGGGACAUUCGCAUCGCCCACUAUCUCUUCUGGCUGCUAAAGGACAACCUGCAGGACAGUCAGUUCAGCGCUCGCUACCAGCACCUUCUGGCCGCUCUGCUCUGCUGUGUGGGUCGAGGUCUCCGGGAGGAGUUUGACCGACAGUGCUGGCUCGUCUCCAUCCUCACCAAGGUGUCCCAGAAAGUUAGAGACACCGCGCCGUCCAACCGACAGUGUGUCCUUAGGGAGAGUCUGGAUGAGAUGAAGCAGUUUUUCUCUAUGAACGUGAGCUGCAGGCUUCCUCUUAACCCAGCGCUGCUCGUCAAAGGCAUCAACAUCCAGUCAUGUUCGUUCUUUAACUCCAAUGCUGUCCCGCUUAAGUUGAUCUUCCAAAACUUGGAUCCUCUGGGAGACAACAUUAGUGUCAUCUUCAAGUCAGGAGAUGAUCUGCGGCAGGAUAUGCUGACUCUGCAGAUGAUUCGCAUCAUGAACAAGAUCUGGAUCCAGGAGGGACUUGACAUGAGGAUGGUCAUCUUCAAGUGUUUCUCCACCAGCAGAGGACGAGGUAUGGUGGAGAUGAUUCCUCACGCUGACACUCUGAGGAAGAUCCAGGUGGAACAUGGAGUCACAGGUUCCUUUAAAGACCGACCCCUGGCAGACUGGCUACAGAAACACAACCCCACCGAUGAGCAGUAUGACAAGGCCGUGGAGAACUUCAUCUACUCUUGUGCCGGCUGCUGUGUUGCAACCUACAUCCUGGGAAUUUGUGACCGCCACAACGACAACAUCAUGCUGAAAACGAGCGGCCACAUGUUCCACAUAGACUUUGGGAAGUUUCUUGGACAUGCACAGAUGUUUGGAAACAUCAAGCGGGAUCGGGCCCCGUUCGUCUUCACCUCUGAUAUGGCCUAUGUCAUCAACGGAGGAGACAAACCAUCCAGUCGCUUCCAUGACUUUGUGGAUCUGUGCUGUGAGGCGUACAACCUGAUCAGGAAACACACACACCUGUUCCUCAACCUGCUGGGCCUGAUGUUGUCAUGUGGAAUUCCUGAACUGUCAGAUCUGGAGGAUCUAAAGUACGUGUACGAUGCUCUGAGACCUCACGAGUCUGAAGCCGAUGCCACCAUGUACUUCACCAGGUUGAUCGAGUCCAGUCUGGGCAGCGUUGCCACCAAACUAAACUUCUUCAUCCACAAUCUAGCUCAGAUGAAGUUUGCUUCUUCGGAGGAUCGGCCCACGCUCUCAUUUGUUCCCAGAGUUCACACAGUGAAGAGCGAUGGCGUCAUCAGGAGCCUCUAUGUCUGCAGAUACAUGCGCACAUCUGCCAGCAAGGGAUAUGCAUUUGUGGUAAAGGUGGAGAGGGAGGGUCAGCAGGAGGUGCAGCUCGUCCAGAGAACUUUCGAGGAGUUUCAAGAACUUCACAGUAAACUGAGACUCAUGUUCCCCUCGUCCAAACUGCCCAGUUUCCCUAGCCGCUUUGUGAUUGGCCGAUCCCGAGGAGAGGCAACAGCCGAUAGAAGGAAAGACGAACUCAAUGGUUACGUCUGGCACCUGAUUCACGCCACGCCAGAGGUUGCACAGUGUGACCUCGUCUACACUUUCUUCCACCCGCUGCCUAGAGAUGAGCGACCGGCAACGACGAGCAACAAGCCUGCAGAGCUGACCUGGUCUCCGGGGUCAGGUAAAGAACUGGGUGAAGUCAAACUCUCUAUCAGCUACAAGAACAACAAACUCUUCAUCAUGGUCAUGCACAUCCGGGGCCUGCAGCCUCUUCAGGACGGGACAGACCCAGACCCCUACGUAAAGCUGUACCUGCUCCCAGACCCUCAGAAGACAAGUAAGAAGAAGACAAAAGCUGCACGACGCACCUGCAACCCUACCUACAAUGAGAUGCUGGUGUAUGAACGCAUCCCUCAGGGGGAUCUGGACCAGAGGGUAGUCCACCUGCGGGUUUUGGGGGAGGGUGCCUUCUGGGAGAACACCCUGCUAGGGGAGACCUUCAUCCCUCUGAAGAGGCUGGUCCCAGGUCAGCAUUGGGUGGACUGGCACCAGCUGGGGGCCGCCAGCUCCGACUCAGUCCGCUGACACAAAGGGUUUAAAAGAAGAGAAGAAAGAGACAAGCGACUCUGCUUUCAGAAUAAAAGCCCAGGUUGUGCAAGGGGGUUUUAUGUAAUUUAAUGGAGGAAUCUCAAUUACAGAACAACAGACAGAAUUUAAUAUUCCUUUGAUCAAAUUAUAACUAAAUUAUUUUGCCACAAAUUAAUUUUUUUCCCUUGCUUUACCGAUGUGAUUCAUCAGAUGCAAAACAAACUAAUAAAGUAGUUUUAUCUUAAAUGUGAAAUUUAAUGUGAAGACUUUUAACUUUGUAGAAACCAGAUUUCAGAUUUUAUACUUUUAAAAACACAAACAGGUGGAGAGGGCACGAUUCAUCUGACAAACUAACAUCUGCUCCUAAUCAGGAUCGUAUUCCAAAUGUGUAUCCAUUGUCUUUAAGCUUAGAUCUGCUUCUUGUUUGUUUUACUGUCAACUCCAAACAGGAAAAAACGAUGACAGAAACACACGUGCGAACUCAAGUGACGUUGUUGUUGUUGUUAAGAAUGCUCACUGCACCAAAUCAAGGCUUCCAGUCAAUCAGUCUGGACCCUGAGCAGCACCUAUGAACUGGGGUUCACAGGGUUCAUCAUUCCACUACUGGUGUUCAUGUCAGUGUUCGACUUAUGAACAAACUGUCACGCUGGUAAAAAUGGUUCUGCGUAACAUAAAUUAAGUUUGUAGAUGUGAAGUCAGGGAAAGAUAAAACUUAAUUUCAAUGCCGCAUUAGAAAACAUGAUGACUGGGAACUCGAGUUCUUCAGAACCAGCACUGUACAGAGGCUGGAGAUUUUUUUUAUAGUGAGGACUGUGUUUCAUUUUAAGCUUUGAGCCUCUGUGUCUGGCAGAGACUUCUAUUUAAUAUUUGUCUCAUGGUUUGUUCCUACAUUUUCCUAUUUGUUUUCAUUCUGGCUGCAGUUAUUGUGGAAGUGAGGCCAGUUUCGUUUUUGCACUGUAGAAAAGACAAACUUGUGCUGUGACACAGUGACAGCUCUGCAAACGUUGCAGCAGUGUUGAUCUCUCUCAUUAAGACAACAAAAUGCUAAUUACCAGGUGGGGUCACAAACACUGUUUAGCCUUGGCAAAGCUACAAAUGUAGCUCAAUGACUAACAAACAAAACCCAGGUUUGCGGCUGUAGUGUCUGUUUUCUUGUGUUUCGUGUAGAAACUGACCCUGAGCAGCGUUGUGGGGUUGAAUCGGUCUUCACCUCAUCUGAACCUCAGACGGCCUUUGUAAGGUGGACUUGUGCACAAACCUGGGGUCGCGUUGGUCUCUGGUUUGAGUCCUGAGACACCUCGGACACGGGGACAGAAUGUAGGUUCAAAAUGAACUUGGUUUGUACUGUACAUACUGAACUUAAUCUAAAUGUGAUUGGAUUUUGCCACAUUCUGAUUUAGAUAACUCAUAGAAAGAAGCGGUUAUUAAUGUGUAACAUGUUUUUUUUUUAUUAUUUGCACUACAAAAUAAACUUGAACUUCA